ACGAAAUCAAGUGCGCUAUCAUUCACGUCAUCGUAUCGCACGCAUCGUACUACGGCAAAUCCGAUUGCCAUGGUUGAGAGGGCAUAGAAUCCGAUGUGUGCGAUGCGAGAGCAUAAGUCACCCGGUAACCCCGUUGCAGUGGACGAGGUCUCUCGUAUCUGCCCAUCGUGCGACAGCUCUUGAAACACUAUACAGGGCGCAGCAGUCAGUUAUUAUCUGCAAGCAAGCAUGGAUGACGCCACUUUGAUUUCACUAGUGCAGAAUUAUGAAGAAAUAUACAAUCUGAAACAUCCAGACUAUGGCAACCAGCAGCGAAGGGACAACAUUUGGGAGGAAAUAGCAGGAAUCAUGAAGAGAACAGAUAAGCAGUGUCGAUAACGUUGGACACGGUUGCGUGAUAAUCACCGUAAAGCCUUAAACUUGAGAAAAACCAGAAGUGGCCAGGCAGCGUCAAAGACGAAACCGCCUAAAUAUGAGAAGGAACUUUCUUUUUUGGCCCCAUAGCUUUUGGACGAUGCCAUUCAACAAUCGAACUUUCCUUCUCCAGGAGGUGUUGAUGAUGGCAAUGAUGACGGCAAUGACAGAAACACUGAAGACGACGGAGAAGAUAGUGUAACAGCAAAUGACUCUAAUUUGUCCGUACACUCUUCAGCUCAUUCAUCCUACACAUCUCGAUCAAAACGCAGUAAGAAAUGCACAUCAUCUGAAGAGCCUUCUGCCGCUGCCAUUCUGAAAGAAUAUCUAGAUGCCAAAGACAACUGGCAUUCCCAAUCGUGAAGAUGACAGACUGACUAAUUUUUUCUUGAAUAUGGUGGGCACUGUUAAAUCAUUUCCUACUAAAGAUCAAGUGGAAUUAAAAAGCAAAAUAUUUCAGUUGGUUAAUUCAGUUGAAAUGAGAAUUGCGAAUGAAUUGGCUGCUCCUACUCAGUCAACUCCAAUAAAUUCAAACUCAUUAAAUGAUGAAUAUUGUUUACAACCUGCAUUUGAUGGGACAACUAUACCCACAGAUUACUAUGGAUACUACACUGAGCAGGCAUGGCCGAGUCAGUAAUCGUAUCAUGAUCGUCGGGAAUGAAAUUAGAUGAAAAUAAACUGAUAAUAAAAGUGUUGUUAUAUAAAUACAUAAUCAACGUGUUUGUAUCCAUAAUUUGACACGUUUUCAAUUAGUAAUUAGAUUUAUACCGCUUUGUAGCCACUUGUGUGAAAUAAUAAAAUAAUUACUUUAGUAUAUUAUUAUUUUAUAGAAGUAUCUUGCCUCAGACAGAGAGAAAGUCUUUCCUUUGGUUAUAUUACAUAUCUAAAACGAGUGUUUUUCUUCGUUAAACUCAGUGCAAGUAGAUGUAAUAGAUAAUCAAAUUAUUCGUGACUCAUUCGAAAGUACUGGAAGAAUUUUGCGUCAUCCUCCAGCAGAUCCGAAAAGAGUGAGCUGAACUCUCUGAAUACUAAUCUUUUCCUGUUGAUAUUGUGAACCCAAUAACACUUUCUUCUCCUUUCUGUUUCUUUUAUUUUUUUCUCAUCUUCUAUUAGGAUGCAAGUAACUACCGCAACUUCUGUCUCGCUGUCCAUCGUGAACUGAACAAGUACACCCAUACUGCGAUAAUGAAUGCACGCGAACACUGCUGAGACUGGCACGGGCUGAUGCGUCGGCUUGGCGAUGCGGGCAAGUGAACGCACUCACAUUUUCCUAUUAUAGCUCCGAUGCGUACGAUGCGAUCUAGUGAACGCCUAGCGCAACAGUAUAACCCCUCGGAUACCUUCACGUCUAUGUUCCAGUGGUAGUGCUGCUAAUCAUACUCCCUAUGAAGAUCGCAGAACCCCAUCAAAUGUAUCUAAUGCUUUCUUAUCAAAUAACAUUAGUUCCAAUGUGAAUCCAAGCUUCAGGCUGGAGGAUGAGGGGGAGUACUCACAGUACAGCACACCAACACACCAUUAUUAUGCCUCCCAACAGCGUCGCGGCAUGGACUAUGAGUACAGUCCUUCACCACCACCUUUCUUUUCUAGACAAAACUCUCAUGAUUCAAAUGCAUCCAAUGUGGUUGACACAAGACCUGGUACACUGGAAGUUGGUGGAGGAACAAGGCUUCGGUCAAGCUUGAAACGGUACAAUUACACUCCUGUACAGGGAUCAAGGACAGUGGGAGGAGGUGGCUCGUCAUCAUCUGGCGGAGCUGAUACACCCACGAACCCAACUCCCCCGGACAGUUUAACAAGCGAGGACAGUAGCUAUGUCUCAGCUAAGGAGGGCUCCUACUCCUCUGUAUCCAGAGUCCUGUUCUCACCGGUCAUAAUGAUGGCUGCAGAGACCAGGGAGACUCUGCUUGACAUUCCAGUGCAUGGACAGAGCCAAGAUGUGACAGUGCCAUUGCAGGCUGUCCCCAGGAGGAUAUGCAGACUCAGUGGUGAGAUGAAUUCAAGUACUGGACGCGAAAACCCUCCGUUACUGAGUUGGAGUGAGAGUUCCUCUCAUAGCAGAUGCCCAACACCAUGUGGCAAGCUGGUGCAGUGCACUCUUGAGGGACACCACAUCAAAUAAGCUUUAAAUCAUUAUCAUGAUGAGUGCAAUGGGACGUUGUGGGAUAGACUUAGCAUGUCACAUUUUUCCAGAGUAUUAAUCACUCACUUUGUACAUAGGCACAAUGCCCUGCAGUAAUAUAAUAUCUGUAAAUAAUUUGUACAUUCAACACACAUGGCUUCCAGGUCACGUCAUUCCAACUUCAUUCCUCUUUUGUACACUUCAGAACUGACAUUGUGAUGUUUACCUCAUUGAACACUAACUCAACAUGUCAUUAGCUUGUGUAUAAAAUAUAUAUACAUAUAUAUGCCAUAACUUUUGGGGAUAUGAAAUACUUUGUUGCUCAAAUUUUUAAGUGCUUUGAAACACAAUGACAGAGAUUAAUAAUUUAUUGCAGGAGAACAAAUACUAUUAGCCAAGAGAGUGGCCUUGUUUUGUUCUGUACUUCUCACAUGAGUGGCAGGAAUGACUGUGGUGACCAUCCCAUGCUAGUCUCGAGACCGAGCAUGUUCCAAGCAACGUGCGGCCUGAUUUUAUUUAUAAUCUUUCUCUGUUUUACAAUGUUUUCCCCUAUUUGCUGUUAUAUAUGGUGUUUAAAAUUACUUUCCACUUUUUACAUGCACAUACUUGUAUUGUGAUAAACACAUUCCUGAAUAUGAGACAGAAGACAAGGUUGUGUGAAUGAGUUGUGGAUUUUUUUAUAUUAUUUUAAGAGGUCAACAUGUUAGGCAGCACUGUCUGCUCUGCCAUUCUGUAUAUAUAUAUAUACAAAUAAUAUAUUACAACAUGUGUGUGUGUGUGUGUGUGUCUGUGUACAUAUACACAUAUAUAUUUGUCUAAAACCGAAGAAAGACUUGUACAGUUUUCUCCAUUUUAAAAGACCAAGCUGUGUAAUACUAGGGUAUUGGUGGUGAUGAUGAAUUAUGUUCUAAUUUUAAUAUAAUUAUAAAUAAAAUAAGCUUUCAGUGGUC